AUGUUGCUUGGCCUUUUCAUCGGUCUAUUUUCCAUACCAAUCAUCCUACGGCUUGUUCGAUGGUUCAACAACUACCAGGAAGCACUUGGACUUGGACUACCUAUAGUGCUCACUCCAUUCUCUGAGGAAGAUGCUUGGUGGCUGCCUCUGCGGCCGCUCUUCGCAUGGGUGCAAAACCUGCCUUUUGGCCUCGGGAGCUGGUACCUCUACUCCGAAUUCGGCUGGUCACUCGUCGAUGGUCGCAAGACUACAACAAGAAUAGGAGACAACUUUAUCCUAUGCUCACCUAAUUCAAUUCAGAUCAUUACAUGUCAUUCACCCGCAGUUCUCCAAACAGCCCGCGAUCAUAGCAAGUGGCGCAUACCACCGGCACAAUCACAAGUCUUUGCUUUCUUUGGUCCAAACCUGACCUCGACUCACGGAGCCGAGUGGAACCGCCAUCGUAGAAUAACCGGUCCUGCAUUCAAUGAGCGUGCCAUGGAUGAGGUCUGGCGCGAAUCCUGCAAACGAGCUGCCGCACUCCAUCUCGACAAGCCUUACACUCUGGGCAGCUUUCGCAUCACUUGCGAUCUGCUCGCCAUGCAGAUCCUGACAGCCGUUGGUUUCGGACAGCAAGCCGAGCUAAACAAAGUGCACUCUGGACAUAAAUUGUCUUUCAUGGAUUCUCUCAGCUUCAUCUUGAAGAAUAUCAUCUUGACGGCUCUGUUCAACAGCCUCAAAGCUCCUGAUUGGAUGCUGCCAAGUAGCCUCAGACGGCUCAAGCUGUGUCUGGUCCGUAACGAAACAAAAUCGUCAACAAACCGAGCAACCUUACUAUCAGCAUUGGUUUCUGCCAAUGAAGCCGCAAAAAGCGAAGUAGGCGAUAAACCAGUCCAGGGAUCUAUGAAAUAUCUGAGAGAAGAGGAACUAUGGGGCAACCUCUUCAUCUUCAAUCUGGCCGGGUUCGAAACUACUGCCUCUGCACUCUCCUACGCUUUGCCUUAUGUCGCCGCGUACCCUGAGGUGCAGCAAUGGAUGAUGGAAGAAGUCGAUGAGUUGUACACACAGGACAGUGAAUAUGCCGACACUUUCCCCAAGCUGGUAAGAUGUCUUGCUUGGAUGCACGAAGUGGUGCGUUUCGCAGCUCCUGCUCCGUUGUUGGCGCGCACUCCUACCUCGUCGCGGACUAUACCCAUCAUCACACCCGAGGGAGAGAGGGAGGUCGUCGUCAGACCCGGCAUGCAAGUAGCUUGGCACCUAUACGGAGGACAUUUAUCUCCUCGCUGGGGCUCGGAUGCUCUAGACUUCAAUCCCAAGCGCUUCAUUGUCAAAAACACAGAUGGCACAGAAAGUCUUCAAGUGCCUGAUGGAGUGCUCUACUUUCCAUGGACUGGUGGACCUCGCAUCUGUCCUGGCCAAAAGUUCUCUCAGGUGGAGUUUGUGGCCGUGGUCGCGAACUUACUUUCUAGGUACAGGGUCGAACCUGUAGCACAUGGCAAUGAGUCAGAGUCUGAGGCUAGACAACGCUUGUUGACUGUCAUGAACGACAAGUAUUUCAACAUCAGUGCGCAUUUCAAAAGACCGGAGGAUGCCGCCGUGCGCCUUGUGCCUAGGAACAACAAUUGA